AUGAGCGACCUCGACAAGGCUAUCGCGCAGCUGCGUGCUUGUCGACCCAUUCCAGAGGCCCAAGUGCGAGAGCUGUGCCACCGCGCACGAGAGCUUCUGAUCGAGGAGGGCAACGUGGUCACGGUAUCAGCGCCAGUCACAAUUUGUGGCGACAUUCACGGUCAGUUUCACGAUUUGAUGGAACUAUUCCGAGUUGGCGGAGAUGUCCCUGAUACGAAUUAUUUAUUCAUGGGCGACUUUGUGGACCGAGGCUUCUACUCUCUCGAAUCAUUUCUUCUUCUUCUAUGCUUAAAAGUACGAUACCCCGACCGCAUGACGCUUAUCCGCGGCAACCACGAGUCCCGUCAAAUCACCACAGUAUACGGCUUCUACGAUGAAUGCUUGCGGAAAUAUGGAAGCGCAAACGUUUGGCGGUAUUGCUGUGAUGUAUUCGACUAUUUGGCCCUCGGGGCCAUUGUUCUGGGCGCAUCCAACACAUUGUCCCCUGCGUCUGGACCAGCGGACGAAGAGACUGAGAUUGAAGUGUGCGACCAGAACGGCUCCAUCAUGAGUCGGUUCCCUCGCCAGCGCCAGCGCCAGCAGUCUUCUCAGCCUAGCAGCUCCCAGGAGCACGGCGCAAACGGCAGCGGUCCCGCAGGGCAGACCGGACCUCCCGGCUCAGGCGCCUCGGGCUCCAGCAAUGGCAGCGUGGGCAACCCAGCCGGAGCCGUGCUCUGCGUCCAUGGCGGCCUGAGCCCGCUGAUUGAUACAGUCGAUAAGAUCCGCCUGAUCGAUCGGAAGCAAGAGGUCCCCCACGAGGGCGCUAUGUGUGACCUCCUGUGGUCCGACCCCGACGACAUCGAUGGCUGGGGGCUGUCGCCGCGCGGCGCAGGAUUCCUCUUUGGCGCUGAUAUUGUCAAAGUAUUCAACCACCGAAACGACCUGAGCCUCAUAGCUCGCGCACAUCAACUCGUCAUGGAGGGCUUCAAGGAAAUGUUCGACGCCUCCAUUGUGACGGUCUGGUCGGCUCCGAAUUACUGCUACCGCUGUGGCAACGUUGCCGCCGUCCUGGAGCUAACCGAAGACGAGUCUGGCACGGGCGUCUUCUCCCGCAGCAACGGCGAGGUGAACAGGAGCGAUGGCGGGCGAGGGGUAAUGAUGGAGUCGAAUGGGAUGAUGAAGAGCGGUCCUGCGAGACGGUAUCGUGUGUUCCAGGCAGCGCCCCAAGAUUCACGGGGUAUGCCCGCCAAGAAGCCAGUCGCGGAUUACUUCCUGUAG